CACAACACACACAGAGAGAGAGAGAGAGCGACAGAGAGAGAGAGAGAGAGAGAAAGAGAGAGAGAGGCUAUUUGGCAGGAGAGGGAAGAAAGAAAGAAAGGAGGGAGGGCUGUUUUUGAGUGUGUGCCGGAGAAAUGAGAGAGAGAGGAGGGAACUGAGCAGAGAGAAAUCUGUCAGAUUCAGACACACACUGCUCUGUGUGUAUGUGUGUGUCUGUGUGAGAGAGGGAGAUGAUAGGAGCAGAGGAGAGCUGAGAAACAGAUAGAAAGAGACAGCAGAGGAGCACAAAGUGAGGCCAGUUCACCUAUGGAUCAGGAUUUAUACCAGAAACCCAGGGGAUUCCGUGGACACACAUCGAUCCGAAUGACAUCCCUGCCGAGUGCAGCCGAUCGACACUGAUGCCGAUGCGCUGCAUUCAUUUGUAGAGCAGCAAGGCCAAGGGGUCAGGGGUGAAAGGUCAAAGACUGCAGAGCCAGAGCGGACGCUGAGGUUGAAGGGCGUCAGGAGGGGGGACCACAGCGGUACGAGAAGAAUCAGGGUUCAGGAACUAAAGUCUCAGUGACAGAGGAGAGUCAAGGGGUCAAAGAUGAUGACAUCACAUGUGAAGCUGAGGAGGGAGAAGGGGAGUCUGGCCGAGUAUGAAUUGCAGAUGAAAGACCUCCGGGCUCAGCUGACAGACCAGAUCAAGAUUUUAGACUCUCAGGUGGAGGUGAAGCAGCAGCAGCUCUCAGACCUGUCCGAGUUUCUCCGGCGUCGAGGCGACAUUGAGGCCGAAUAUGCACGCGCCCUCGACAAACUCACAGAGAGGUUCACCCACAAGACGAAGAAGAAGGAGCAGUGGGGUCAGUCUGUGUGUCAGGUCUGGUCGGUUUUGCUGACUCAGACUCGUCUGGAGAGUCGGGAACAUGCAGCACUGGGUGACACCUGCUGCAACACACUCACACAGAGACUGGCGCACAGUACGGAGGACACACACCGUCUGCACAAGAGGAGCAAAGAAGUGGGAAUCCAGAUGCAGGAUGAGUUGCUAAAGGUCACAACUGAACUCCAGACGGCUACGAAGACGUAUAACCUGUACCACACCGACUGUCUGAUAGCUGAGGGGAAGCUGAAAGAGGCCGAGCGAUUGGAGGAGAGACACACAGGCAAGUCGGCUGAGCUUGGCCCCAGCCAAUACGGGGGACAGAGGCGGAGCUCCGUCAAGAAGAUGGAGAGAUUAAUGGAGAAGAGGCACGGCCGAGUGCAGGAGAACCAGCUGAAGUGUACCAAGGCUCGUAACGAUUACCUUCUGAAUCUCGCAGCAGCCAAUGCAGCCAUGAACAAGUACUACCUGCAGGACGUGAGCACUCUCAUAGAUUGCUGCGACCUCGGUUUCCAUCUGGCUGUGGAGAGGGUGAUGAAGUGCUACCUGGCCAGCCGGUGGCGCAUCCAGAAGACGGAGGAGACGGGGCUCAAGCAGUUGGAGGCCGCUGUGACGUCCCUGGACCAGGGGGGAGACAGAGAUGGGUUACUACAGCAACACGACUCCGCCUUCUGUCUCCCAUUCAGAUUCAACUACCACCCACACGAGGGAGACCAGGUGUGUGAGGUGAGUGCGGAGAGCCAGGUGAGGUACGAGCUGGAGACCAGGUUCCAGCAGCUUCAGUCUCGACUCGCUGCUGUUACCUUGGAAACAGAGGAGAUCAGUAAAACACUCAAAGCCACGCUCACAGCCCUGCUGGACGUCAUGUGUGACAGCGACUGUAACCCCUCCCCCGAUGUGCCCAGCAGCCUAUCAAGCGAGCCGCCCGGGGGAAGCACAGCCCCAAAACUUGCUCUUGCCAAGCGUCGAGCCAAUCAGCAGGAGACAGAGACCUACUAUUUUACAAAAGUGAAGGAGUUCCUCACCAGCAGUUCUCUGACCUCCAAACUUCAAGCCAAACAUGACAUUCUACAAGAUGCCAUACAGAAAGCGGAGGCUGUCGACAGUGACCCGUCCAGAAUGCAAAGUGCUCGGUCAGUGCGCGUUUGGAAGUCCAGACCUGUUUCCCAAUUCUGCCACACACUCUUCACCACAGACAUACUCUCCUACAUACAGAGCACUGGGCAGCAGAUUCCUGUGGUGGUUGAAAGUUGCAUCCGUUUCAUUAACCUUCACGGCCUCCACCAUGAAGGAAUAUUCAGAGUUCCUGGGUCACAGAGGGAGGUUAACCUCCUUAGAGAUUCAUUCGAGAGAGGAGAGGAUCCUCUGUCAGACAGUGAGUGUGACCUGGAUUCCGUGGCUGGUGUGUUGAAGCUUUACUUCAGGGGCCUGGAGCCUCCUCUCUUCCCGUAUGGCAGCUACCUUCAGCUGCUGGAGUGUGUCCAAAUUGAGGACGAUGCAGAGAAAGCUGCCCAGAUUAAAGCGAUUGUCUCCACCUACCCGCGGCCUCUCCCCGUCGUGAUGCGCUACCUUUUCGCUUUCCUCAAUCAUGUGUCUCAGUACAGUGACGAGAACAUGAUGCAGCCCUACAACCUGGCAGUGUGCUUCGGCCCGAGCCUGCUGAGAGGGAUAGAUUCUGAUGACGCUGUUGCUAGGCAGCCACAGGUUAAUGACCUCGUCAAAACCAUGAUCAUGCUACAUGACAUCAUCUUCCCCGGCCAAUCGGAGCUGCCGGGUCCCGUCUACGAGAAGCACAUGACUCUGGAGCAGGAGUACUGUGAACCAAUCACAGAGGAGGGAGAAGGAGAGACCGAGCAUCUGCCCAGUGAGGAUGAGUGGGAGGCAGUGGCUAUGUUCGACUAUGCGGCGAGAUCUCCAGCAGAGCUGACAUUCAAGCAGGGAGACCUUCUCAUCCUUCACAGCAAGGCCUCAAGUGAUUGGUGGAGAGGCGAAGUGGGAGGGGUUAAGGGUCUCAUCCCUCACAAGUACAUCAGCAUGCUGGAAGGGUCGGAGCGCGGGAAAAGAGAAGAAGGAGGAGGAGGGGGGGGGGGAGGCAGCACUGGGAACCUGUCAGUAGAAGAUCCACAGAUGGAGAACACUACUCGGAUGCGAGUGAACAGCGACAGUGCUUCGUUACCUGGAAGACAGAGAGGGAGUGAUGGGAGUCCCAGUCGAAAGGCUCCAACCUCUCCCGCCACACGACACCUGCCAGUGUCCCAGGAGAGAAGACACACUCUGGACACGGUGAGACAGGGCGGCUUCCGACCCACAGACAAGCCCCUGUUUGUUCAGGCAGAAAGAACAGCAGUUGACAAGGACAUGAUCAACCGUCAGAUGAACUCCGUGUUCAAGGAGCUUCUGUUACGCCAGCCUCCUGUUCAGAUGUCAGCCCUCGCCACCCCUGCUGCCCCAGCUCCCUCUUCAUCCUCCUCUUCCUCUCUUCCCCAAGCUGCACCCACUGCGAAAAAAGUAGGAUUCGGCCUCAGAGGACGGACGCUUUUCAGACCAGUGGACUGACAGACAGGAGAGGAUGAUGAUGAUGAUGAUUACACUGUUAACGAUGAAAUCUUGAUUCAUUUUAUAUAAUGUAUAAUAUUUGAGUCUCUGCCAUCUCAUAGUGCCACUAGUCUCGGUGCCGUGUUACUGUACGUCCAGUGUGUCUUGUUUUCCAGCUGGUUUUGGUCCUUUUUAGGUUCUGGUCUGACUUUUGUUCACAAGGUUUUUGCCACUUUGAGAGAAUCAGGGAUGUGACAUCGCCAGUGAUUUCAACAGACUGACUUUUAAGAGUACUUACCAUGAUAGGACAGAAACAAGAAAAGACUUAAGCUGCCCCCUAGUGGCAGGUCUGAGAUCAGCUCUGCCUAUAAUAUUUGCUUCUUGAAUAGCAAAACUGAUCCAGGGCCUGUGUCUAGGAGUGCCUUCACAUCUUAUUCUUAUCUUCAUAGUCACAUUCAUUUCAUUUCAAAAGACCUGAUAGGUUAAAUUCAUGGUGUAUUUAUAUUCAAGAAAUGUGAUCCAGAAAGACGAGCCCUAAAACAUUAAAUAUUAAAUGGGUAAGACAUUAUGAAUUAUUAUCAAAUAUAUUUGGCCCAAAAAUUAUUAAAUAACUAAGGAAAUUGAUCAAAUUGAACUCUUAAGUAUUCUUUUUUUUUCAGAAGAAGAAAGAUACUUUUCCAAAUGAAAUUUUAUUUUACGUCACUUUUCCUAACAAAUCUGAUGUUUGCUUAUCUUGUUCAUUUCAGCCAAUCACGCGGCUUCUUAUGCUACAAAUUUAGCCAUUUAAUACUUCUUAGCUAGAGUAAAAAUACAAAUUUAUUCGUAAUAAACGAGAUGCUACAUCUAUAAAUAUCCAAGUUCUGGUUUUAUUGUUAGGUAUAACUGCGAGUCAGCCGCAUAGCAGUGCACAAACACAGAAACUCUGAGUGUUCAUUUAACAGGGCUGCACAUGCCACCUCUAGCCAGUGUAGCUCAGCCAUCUUUCAGUGAAAGCACUUUGCUUGUCCCAAUGAAAUAUUGGAGACGGACAGCAAAUGCUCUUAAGAGAAUCUGCUGCCACCUAAAUUGCAAUAAUCAGGGGGUAUUUAUCCCAAAGCACCUGAUCUAACAUCAGUGCCGAGCCAUUUCCUGAGCUAUGCGCUAGUUUGUAUGUACCUAGUAUUAUAGUCACUUCAGACCUUAACCAUCAACUAAGGAGACUGGCCCCAUCAUCUGCAACGGGGUCUGGGGAAAUUGGGCUGGCAACACAUGACAAACAAGCACUUAAGUGCCUUGGGUUUAAAUUCAGGAAACUGCAAAGAUUUACCCGACCAGGCAGGCAAACAAUGGAACCUCUUACCUACAGCACUGCACAUACGAAAAAUUAUUUUUGGCAGCAGUUACUUGGUUGAUUACUUGCUGUAGCUAACAGGAGCUACCUGGCUAAAUAUGGUGGCAGAGAGUUGAGCCUCCUUUGAAGAGGCAGUGGUUACGUGAUUGGCUGAAAGUUGCGAGCAUGGUGAUGACAUCACAGUCAUGAAAAAUGGCAGCAGAGUAAAACGUUCGACGUAUAUGACACAAAUACAGACUUUUGAAAAGGUUGUUUGGAAUUUAACAGAUGCUAAUAAUAACUAAGUCAAAUAAAGGAGAAAUUGCCAAGAAUUUUUCCCAGUGAGCCUAAUUCCAUGAUACACUUUUUCAAGAGGUUAUUUAUGUUAUGAUUAUUUCUUUAAUAAAUAAUACUGAACACUGUUGUGCUCUUUGACGCUAGCUGGAAAAACUGUAAGCAGUGAGAUCAGUAAUUAUUAGCAGCAUGCAGUGUUACACACACACACACACGCACACACACACACACACACAAGAUCAAACACAGAUUCCCCUUCAUAUGUGAUACAUGGCCUGAUGCGCAGGCCAAAUCUCAGGGCUUUAGCAGAGUUAGAGACGGGCUAACUCAGGUUUGGCUUUGAAGGAACAGGUAGAGCUUUUUUCUCUCAGGGCUUUGGUUGACUUACUCCUCAACUGGAAACUGUGCCCUAGCCACAAGAGCCCAAACGGCCCCCCAUAUCAGAGAGGGUUAAACUGUGAACGCUUUGGAGCCAAGAUCAGAACUUUUGUCUCAUUCAUCCGCACAUUUUGCCCCCUGACUAUCUAGAUCUAUAGCACCACCCACAGGUCCCAUUCAAAUGUAUGUUUCCGGAUCUUUGGAGUAAGGUGUUUGAUUCCUUGUACUCAAAAGGAAUUUGAAAUGUUUUUUUACAUAUGGCAUCUCUCCUUUGUCGUGUUUCAGUAUCAGAAAAAAAUAGAAUGUAGAAUCACUUUGUCAAAUACUGAUUCUGCUUCUAUGAUUAAAAGACCCUGUUAUCCUGGAUCACUGUCUGAUGAUGUCACAAAAUGUACUGUGUCAAACUGUAUAUGUGGUAAAAGAAAUAUGAAUACAAUAAAGACCAUAAAGCAAUGAA